UCCAAAUUCAUCAAUACAUAGUAUAUGAUUGUGAUAUGUGAGGAUGAAUAAAUUUUGUAAUAAAUUUUUUUUUUCAAAUUUUAUUAUAAUUAGUAGUAGUAUUAGUAGAAGGGAGAUUUGGUCGGGGAAUCGGAGAGAUAGCAAAUCAUGAGUGGAAGAGCGAAAGCAAAGUUGUGUGGUGCCGGAUUUUACUGUCGUUUUGCUUUGCUUCAUUCAUCGUUUUUCGGACUUUGCUUCGGAGAUGAGCAUUGGGUUUUGAGUUACACCCAACCAAACACGCCUUUCGCUUCCAGCGAUAAAAUCUUCCCUGAAGCUGUUAUCGCCUGCACAGAGAAGUUGAAGCGUUGGAGAAGGAGAGUGGAUCGGAGAACGUCCGAAGAACUGAGUAAUUUGUAGAGUUUCGUCGGUUCGGCGCUCCAAUGUUCGUCGGAAACACUAGCUCGCUCCUCUGUCCAGCAAACUAGAAAUUUCACGGUAAAUCCUUCAUUCGUGUAGAUCGUUGUCGUUACAGUUCUUUCAUGGAAUGGAAGUUGAGUUUUCUGAAAUAAUUUUUUUAUUCCAACCUUUUAAUUUUUCUUUGUGUUCUUGAUCCGUACAAUUGACGUCUUUCAACUUCAUGCCUGAUUUUGUGCGAUCUUUAAACAUUUUGAUCGAUUGAGCUUCUUGAUUUCAUCUUCGAUCUUGUUAUUGCUCUGUUUUAUCUUUCUUUCCAUCCAGAUUGCUAAAUUCUGUCGCUACCUUUCUACUCCUUGUCUGCGGAAGUAUUUUAUUAUAAAUUCCUAAUUUUAGAUUAUAUAGGAUGGAGACUAAAUAUUUUUAUUCCUCUUGGUGAUUUUAUUUUGUAAAUUUCGUAAUGUACAAGGUUUUUUUUGGAAUCUGCUAAGAUUAUAUUUGAAGAUAAAGUUUCCUUGUAUAAACGAAGAUAAAGUUAGGAAAAUAUUAUCACAGCAUGGUUUAGCGUAUGGUAUAUUAUAGAAAAUGUGCUUUGAAUUGAUUAAAUUUUUGGUGGGCCAUGGUUUAGAUGUUAGAAAGUGGCUUGGGACAAUGCCAUUCUGGUUAUUCAUGAUUACCACAUAGUAUCUUCAUUCUUUGUACUUCACAUCAAUCAUUGCCUGUUAUUUUUGCUUUCUUUUGGCUGCUGUAUGUCUUCUGAAUGAGCAACCAUAAUAAUAACUACUUUAUAUAACGCAACCCCACAAUCACAAGUACUUUUGAUGCAUAAUUGCUAAUGACUAAUUUAUCACAAAUAUAUUUUUUUAAUUGUAAUACUGUAUGCCAGAAUUCUGGAAUUAACACUUUUAUAUUAAUGUUAUGUUUUAAAAUUUCUGAGAAUUUUUUAUUGUUAGGGAAAAUUUUUAGUAUUGUCACCUGAAGUUUGAU